UUAUGUCAAUUUUACCAAAAUUGAGGUCCUGAAAAUUUUAGAAAAAGAAAUAAAUUUACAAUUAACUAAAAAAAAUAAGAACACGAAUAGAGAAUACGGGGGUAUUGAGGUAAUUUCACGCCGGAAAGCUCUGUCUAUCGAUUUCAGUUGGAGCCAAAACUAGAUUCUGUUAUUAUUUUAGUAUAAAAGGUGUGAAGAAGGCGGAAAAACACCAUUUUCAAUUUUCUGAUCUGUAGCGGUUACAUAAAUCAUCAUACUGCUUCUUCUUCCAUCCAUCACACACACACACACACACACACACAUUCUGCUGUGUGAUUGCGCAAUUGGCAGUGGUGAACAUGUCAGCGGAAACGGUAUCUUCGUCCAGGGCUCCUCCGCCGCCGCCGGUGCGGGGACCUACGUGUAAAAUGGCAAACCGAGCCAACCGCGGCGGCCUUUCCGUCAUUCUCCAUCAACCUGAUGGCUACUCCGCCGAGAUUCUGUUUUAUGGAGCUCAAGUAGUAUCGUGGAAGACUGAACAUAAACAAGAGUUACUUUUUCUCAGUGAACAGGCCGUUUACAGACCUCCAAAGCCGAUUCGUGGAGGCAUCCCAAUUUGCUUCCCAAAGUUUUUCGACAAAGAACACAUGGAGGGACAUGGAUUUGCUAGAAUCGGAUCAUGGAGAGUCGAGAAUUUGGCACGUGAUACAGCCUUUCCCCCUCCAACACCCGAUAAUGCAUACGUUGAUUUUCUUCUCGAUCAUAAACCCGACGACUUCCAAGACUGGCCUAAUCAUAAAUUUGAGCUCCGUUUACGUGUUAUCCUGGGACCCACUGGAGAUCUGACUAUGACAACUCGUGUAAAAAAUGUCAACACUAAUGGGGAGCCUUUCACGUUCAAAUUUGCCUAUCACUCCUACUUCUCCGUCUCAAAUAUCCGUGCAACUCAGAUUGAAGGAUUGCAAGGGUUGGAUUAUCGGGACUACCUGGAUGAUCACAAUCAAUUCACUGACGAGGCUGAUGCAAUCACUUUUGGAGACGAAUUGGACAGGGUAUAUCUGAACACUCCUGAUGAGAUCUGUAUUAGGGACAUUGAGCUCAGAAGAACUAUUACCAUUCACAAAGAUGCCAGUCUUCCUGAAAUUGUUGUGUGGAAUCCAUGGGAAGUUGAUGCAAGUUCAAUAGCUGAUUUAGGAGAUCAAGAGUAUAAGCAGAUGGUUUGUGUUGAGGCAGCUGCUGUGGAGACUGAAAUCACUUUGUAUCCGAACGAAGAGUGGAUCGGGACUCAGCGCCUUUCUGCAAAGGAAUAUUAACUGCCGUUUUGUUACUUCGCAGUUUCUAAACUCUUUUUUUCCCGUAUACGUGUAAUAUUCUUGAAUUGAAGAGAUUAAGAUCACCUA